CUUCCUCCGCUUCGAGGGGUUGUACCUUAGCGCAACGGCGUCGUUUUGCGUUUUUCGGAAAGGGGAUAGAAUUGACGUUCUGUCGCUACAGUGAAAUCACCGUGCAGCGAAAUCUGUGCCGUUUUUUUCUCCCUGACAUGCCUUGUUUCUUUCUUCUUCUUCUUCAUCAGAACCGAUGAAUCAGAGAUUCUGAGGAAAUUAGGGUUUCUUCUGAUCGGAUUCAGUGGGUUUGAUUCACGUGUUGUAGUAGCGACGAGAAGUCUCUGCUGUGCUACUGUGCCUGUUCACGGUGGGUUAGCGUUUGUGUCCUUAACGGCAGGACGUGAUCGUUUGGGGGGGGGGGAGAGAGAGAGUAAUGGAGGUGGAGGAGGAUAUGGAGAUUGAACCGAUGAUUUUUGAGGUGAGAGAGAUCGAUCUGGAGUAUGAGUUUGAUGCGGCUAGAUGGUACGAUUUCUCGCGUGAGGAGUCUCCGGUGGAGGCUCGGGUCGCGGAGCUCUGGUUCCAGACUGCGCAGUCCUACCCGCCGUCUCCUUUUGCAACAAAAUUGUUACUCAGAGAGGAUGUUUCCGAUUACAAGACUGAGCUUUCAACAAAAUCGGAAGAUGGAGAAGCUGCAGCAGACAUUUGUGAUACUGACAGAGAAGGUGGGCAUCUUCAAGAUUAUUCAGCCAAAGAUGUGAAUAAGACAGGAAAUGGAAUCCGCUCUGGGAUUUUUACUACCUUACAAGGUGGAACUUUGAAGAAAGUUCCAAACCAGCCCUUAUAUAAAGGACCAACAUUUAGCAAUCACAUACACACUGAUAAACCUAAAUACCGACCAAAGUCAAGCAUCAGGCCGACAUCUAGGAGCUCAACAUUGAUGAAACCUACUGCUAGUCAAUUGGCGAAACAAAUUCACUCCAGACUCCAUACGCAAUUGGAACAAGUUAAUGAGAAAGGCUUUAAUGGUUCAUCUGGGUCUGAAAUUCAAUCUGCCAAAAGGCAGAAGCUUGAAGGAGGUCUACUUCGUAAGGUUGCUGAUAUGAAGCAGGAGAUGAAUUUUGUCCACAAAACACCCAAGAAGGAGGUAACUCUUGAUAGAAACUUGCAACAUGCUAGGACGAAGAUAACCAUUCCACAAGAACCUGACCUUGCAACAGCACAGAGGACACACAGGAUACAGCCCAAGAACAAUGUUAUGACAGAACAGGCCUCAACAGCUGUAUAUCGGUUCAAAGCGCGGCCCUUUAACCGGAAAAUUUUCGAGGCUCCAUCGCUGCCCAUCAGGAAGAGGAGCACUCCAAAACUACCAGAAUUUCAUGAGUUUCACUUGAAGACAUCAGAAAGGGCUAUGCAACAUUCAUCGGCUAUUACAACGACACCAUAUCAGUGCAAUGAUUGUGAUAAGGGAUCAGAGAAAACUAAUACAAUUGUUCUCGAUGGCGUUAACAGGGAAACUAGGAGACCAAACGCUAUGGAUAUAGCUAACUAUGAUGUCUCCACCAUAAAUCGUGUUUUCAAAGCUCGUCCUGUAAACAAGAAGAUACUUUCUAGUAGAGGAGACAUCGGUGUUUUCAGAAAUAACAAGAGAGAAACAACUGUACCUUUGGAAUUUAAUUUUCAUUCGGAAAAGAGGGUUCAGCCAGAACUUCCGACCGACCUUUUCAGUAAGCUCUCCAUAACGUCAGAGCUCCAGCCAAACAAUGGAUCUCGUCCAAGGUUUCCUCAACCUACAUCUAGAUUAGUGAAGGGUUCAAAGGAGAACAUAAUGAACACUGUCCAAGCAGGGAAUGAGGUAAAAGCUCCUAACUAAAGGAAAUUACUAAAGAG